UCCAGCUUGUGAUUGGUCAGUGGAGUUGGGAGGCGUGGCUACGAACUUGAAGUGCCAAAAGUUUGCAAACAGCGGAUCAGCAGGCUGCUGCACGCGCUUCGUCAUGGCAACCCCGAAGAAGGUCUGCAUCGUUGGCUCUGGAAACUGGGGUUCUGCUAUUGCUAAGAUAGUUGGGUUGAAUGCAGGGCGAAACCCAAAGUUCGACUCCACAGUGAACAUGUGGGUGUUUGAGGAGGUGGUUGACGGACGUAAACUCACUGACAUCAUCAACACAGAGCACGAGAACGUCAAAUACCUGCCUGGACACAAACUACCUGAGAACGUGGUGGCAGUGGCGGAUCUGGUUGAGGCAGUACGUGGUGCUGAUAUUCUGCUCUUUGUGAUCCCCCAUCAGUUCAUCAGCCGAGUGUGUGACACCAUCCAGGGAAAGAUCAAACAGGAUGCGCUGGGAAUGUCACUUAUUAAGGGGGUGGAUGAGGGUCCUGAUGGCCUGAAGCUAAUAUCGGAUGUGAUUCGGGAGAAGCUGGGCAUUAGCAUGACGGUGCUAAUGGGUGCUAACAUUGCGAAUGAGGUUGCGGAAGAAAAAUUCUGCGAGACCACCAUCGGCUGUAAGGAUAAGACUUAUGGAGCGUUACUGAAGGAGCUCAUGCAGACGGAUCACUUUCGGGUCACUGUGGUUGAGGAAGCGGACGUGGUGGAGAUUUGCGGGGCCCUGAAGAACAUCGUGGCGGUGGGGGCCGGGUUCUGUGAUGGUCUGGGGUUUGGUGAUAAUACGAAAGCUGCAGUGAUCAGACUGGGUCUGAUGGAGAUGAUUGAGUUCGCUCGGCUUUUCUGCUCCGGCUCCGUCUCUGCCGCCACCUUCCUCGAGAGCUGCGGCGUCGCUGACCUCAUCACCACCUGCUACGGAGGACGCAACCGCCGCGUAGCCGAGGCCUUCGCCAAGACAGGAAAGUCACUGGAGGAGCUGGAGAAAGAGAUGCUGAAUGGUCAGAAGCUGCAGGGUCCGGCCACAGCCGCUGAGGUCCACGUUAUCCUCAAGAACAAAAACCUGCUGGACAGGUUUCCUCUGUUUAAGGCCGUGAAUGAUAUCUGCUUUGAGGGACGUCCCGUCUCAGAAUUCAUCAGCUGCUUACAGAACCACCCGGCUCAUCUGUGAGAAUACAGGACUCAAAGGAAGGCCUUAUUAUUAGUGAUAAACAGUAUAUCACUUUUAGAGUUAUUAUAUUUUAUUGGUAUUUUAUAUAAAAAAAAAUGUUUUG